UAUACAGUUGGAAUUUUUUAUAUAUAGGUCUAUAUAGUUUCAAAUGUGUGGUGUAUAUAAAUCAGUUUUCAGGCAUUGUCGCUAAAACUCUUGAUGUAAAAUUUAUGCUUAAAACUUAGGGGUCUAGAACUAUACACUGUUAAUAAAUGUAAUAGUGUAACUGCAUUGUAACGAAGUAUUUAAGACUCGUUUCAGUUCUUAAUCCGUGUAUAAACUCAUAGCAUAAAAUCUUUAGUAAAAACUUAAAAGUAUUGAAUUAUACAGUUGGGAAAUAUAUGGGAUAUAGUGGCAUUGUAAAAAUGAAGAGCUUGGGAAUCGGUUCGAUUCUUAUUGCGUGUCUACUACCAGCAAUCGUACACGGACAAUGCAGCAAUACGAGUCCUUGCGCCUUUGUGGGUGGUGCUGCAUUCACACAGCCCCAACAAUUAGAAUCAACGGCGGGAAGUCUUUCAUUUUCACUUGAUGUUGACGUAUAUGACUAUACGUUGGAAUGGCUGGUCAUUCAUCGUCGCCUUUAUAACGGAAGCUUGAGUGGACCAACGUGGCGCGUGAGGCGAGGGGAUACUGUCAGCUUGACUAUUAACAACCGUCUCACAUUGCCCCACAAAAUUGGACCUGCGAACCAACCAAAGUUACCAAACACCACGAACAUUCAUACUCAUGGUCUACAUAUCGGCAGUGCGGAGCCACAGGACAACGUAUUCGUUCAUAUAAGUCCAGGUCAAUCUUACACCUACACUUACACAAUAUGUCCUGACCAACCAGCUGGAACGUAUUGGUAUCAUCCACACUUGCAUGGGUCAACUAUGCUACAGGUACACGGAGGUUUGUCUGGCAUGAUAAUAGUAGAGGAUCCUACGACAGGUUCAGCGGCCAUGCCCGCCCAUCUUGCCGCUGUGUCAUGCCCCAACAACUGCGCCCAUGAUGUACAACUGCUGUUCCAACCGACCAUGCAGUACAUUAACAACGCAGGAAGAGGGUACGCCAAUCAACAACAAGCUAUCGAGGACAAUCCUUUAUUUAGACACAACCAGUAUAUCAUUACAGCCACAAACCAAGAUUUGGAAACUUAUUUAACAACUGCAGCAAACGGUGUUGACUAUUUCACCACCAAUGGACAACUAUGGCCAACGCUUACUAUCCCAGCUGGUCAAAUAAAAAGAUUCAGAAUGGUAAAUGCUGGUGGCAGCGCAUCUUUAGAGUUACUAAUAACAGACGUUGGUGGUGUAACUGCAACGACUGGAUGUUCAUUUAUGGAGAUUGCAAUUGACGGUGUGUAUCUUGAUCAAGCUAGAUCGCCCAGACUCGGGAAAACACUGAUUAUUCCAUCAGGCAAAGCAGAUUGGCUUGUGGUGUGCGACCAACCGGGAAACUACGAGGUCCGUUCAGUUGCCGCAAACAUUGACAAUCUUUCAUUCGCUGGUUUCGAGCGCUACAACAACAAGCUUCUACAAAUAACAGUAACAGGAACUGCAACCUCGACCACCCUCGGUACAACUUUGCCAGGAAGAGAAUCCUUCCUUCAAGAUUUUCGAAGCUUAACCGAGAACCAGGUUGAAGGAAACUUUGUCAUUGAAGCAGCAGCAGGCAGCACACUUAAUAGGGAGAAGUUUUCCUCCCCGACGAAUUACAGAUACAAAAUGCGGCUUGGAUCCAACCAACAGUGGUUCAUUAUCAAUACAGACCCGGGGGUUGGCCAUCCCAUCCAUAUACACGUCAACCAUUUCCAGGUGAUCAGUUACAACCCAUACACCGGACCAGUAUCAAGCAAUGCCCGUGGAGGCCUUACGUUCUGGUCGCAGGCCUCACAAGUAUGCACACAACAACAUGCCACUUAUGCUGGAGUAAACACACCUCUGCCGGCCAACCCAUUAAGACACUUGGGCCACGACGUUAGACAAGCAGCAGGGGGUGAUGGGACGCUUGCAUAUGCUGAGAUUGGAGAUUUUCGUGACGCGAUUAUCAUACCACCGCUUGGAAACAUCACAAUCCGGUUCCAGGCUCAUAAGUUUACAGGGGAGAUUGUAAUACAUUGUCACAUUCUUGUACAUGAAGAUGCAGGUAUGAUGAUGACAGUUGAAGUCGUGGAUACAGAUUCAGAAGCCAACUUGACAGCGAACAUUCAAUCUGGUACAGCUUAUCCGGGAACGUGUACUAUAUGUGAUCCGUAUCCAUUUAGUGCUGAACCAGCAGCAAACAACUGUACUGCCGCUGUUAUUAACGUUGAAGGUACCAGUGAUCUGGUCUACCUUGCAUUUCUUGCCGUUAUACCGCUUGCAAUUAUAAUUGCUGUCAUUGUGGUUUGUACUGGAUCUUCAUCCAGUCGUGUUGGUGCAACUGGUGGUGCUGCAGCUGCAGCUGGCGUAAGUUCAUCUUCAACAACAGCUAAGGCUGCGGUGGACUCUACCACAAGCGGAGCUCUAAAUGAAGCGUUCAAUUUACAAGAAACAUUGAUAAAGUAGGAUAUACAGCACCAUUUUUUUAGGCAAGUCAAAACUGCUCAUUGUUUUUAUUACCAUUAAUAAACAAAAUCACAUUGCGUUAAUUUGUAGGUUAUAAACAAACAAAAAAUUGUUAAUUUUUCACUGUUUUUUAUUGCCAAUGAAAAAAAUAUUGCGUUAAUUUAUAGAUUACACUGUUAUACGUUAGUUUGAAUGUUACACUGUGUUUUAGUUUCAUGUAUACCUACACCUUUAGAACAUAAUAUCCAAAUAUCCUGACUGUGUUUUAAACAACGCUAUGGGAGUCGCGAGGAUAUGGUUUUAUAAUUCUUUGAAUGUUUUUCUUUACUACCAAAAGGGGAAGAGAAAAUAGAUAAAAAUGUGUCCCAUUUUACCCCACCCUACUAUACUUAAAAUAUUGAUGGUACCUGUAAGUGCUAAUGACAAUAUUUGUAUUUUAUUUGCCAACACGAUUAUAAACGUUGUUAUUUCUUAAUGAAUUGUACUCGGCACC